AAUUAGGCAGCGUGAGGUUUAUUCUUUGGAUUAAGCUUUUACUGUUUAACAAGUCAAUUUUUAUGGAUAAGUCAACAAAUUUCUCGAUUUUUGAUACAUUGGGUUGAUUUAUAUAUCUGCUUUAGAGUAUUGAGCUGUUCAGUUUUUUAAUUGUCCAAAAGUAAUCCCUUGUUCAACGGAAAAUCUAAUUUGAACCUUUGAAAUUUUUUCUAAAACGAAAAAGUUGAACCCUUUUUUAGAGAAAAAAAUUGCAUCUUCCAAAGGUGCAAAUUAUGAAAUUAGUUUCUGGGGCUAUGGAUGGUGCUGCUGAUAAGCUUGGACCCUUGAAUGCUACGAUCAUGUAAAAUCUGUGCUAUUUAAGGACCCUUGAUCUAAUACUUUUGCUCUAGAGUACUGAGCUGUUCAAUUUUUUAAUAGUCCAAAAAUAGAGAUAAGGAAGAAUCAGACAUCACAUUUUCCAUUUUUUGUUUGUUAUCUUACUCUUCUUUGCCAUCAGGCAGCAGAAGAUUGGUGACAUAUAAAGUAUUGUUCAGCUCUUUCUGAUUUGAAAAGAUACAUUUUCUUGUGGUGUUGGUGGAGUGGAGACUAUGGAGGUUAGAGUUUCACAGAGUCUUCAGUUGUCCUCAUGGAUAAAUUCAGAUAAGAUAGUAAGGAAACCGAGUGGUUCAUUGCGUUUAUCUGAUAAAUGGAAGGAUAAACCAAGGCAUCGGAUAGUCGUAUCCUGCCAUUUCCAGCCUAGAAAAGCUGCAUAUUCUGAGAGAGGAGUACAGUUGAAAGUUUCUUGUUCUUCUCACAAUGUGCAAGCUUCAGUUUUGGAGUCUGAAUGUCUUUCUGCAUCAAUUGAAGAAAUCGAGACAUUGAAGAAUAAAGCAGAGGAGGUUGAAGAAUAUCUAGAUGGACGAUGUGUAUACCUUGUUGGAAUGAUGGGCUCCGGCAAAACAACUGUGGGCCGAAUUUUGGCAGAAACACUGGGAUAUUCCUUUUUCGACUGUGACAGAUUGAUAGAGCAGGCUGUUGGUGGAACUACUGUAGCUGAAAUCUUUGAGCUUUGUGGAGAGAACUUUUUCAGGGAUAGUGAGACAGAGGUAUUGCAGAAGCUAUCUUUGAUGCAUCGGCUUGUUGUUUCAACGGGUGGAGGUGCAGUUGUUCGUCCCAUUAAUUGGAGACAUAUGCACAAGGGUAUUAGUGUUUGGUUAGAUGUUCCUUUAGAAGCUUUGGCCAAGAGAAUUAUUGCAGAAGGAACUAAAUCUCGUCCCCUUUUACAUGAAGAAUCAGGAGACGCUUAUGAUAAGACUUUGAAGCGGCUAACUACUUUAAUGGAGAAGAGGGGUGAAAAUUAUGCCAAUGCAAGUGCCAGAGUUUCACUAGAAAAUAUUGCAGUGAAAAGGGAGAAAGAUGUCUGCCAUAUUACACCUACUGAAAUUACCUUAGAGGUUCUUAUACAAAUUGAGAACUUCUUAAAGCACCAAAAGAGUGUAGUUGUGCUAUAAGAUUCUUCACCAAUCGUGUGGAAGUGUGGGUGGUUUGAUGCUCUACUUGAUCUUUGCUCAUUUGACAAGGAGGCUAGGGCACGAUUUUAGGUGUUUGAGACACUCAAGAUUUUGGUAAUGUUUUGUUUCUGUUGUGCACUGCAUAUGUAAUGUACGUAAUCAAAACCGUUUUUGAAACUGUAGUCUAUCCUAAACAUCCAAUUGUUGUAUACUAAGAAUGCAAACCCAGUAAUUAUUUCGUUAUUCCAAAGUCUCCCACAGAAAUAAAUAACCAAAUUUCUCAA